AUGCAUCAUAGAAAAAGUUUAUCACCAUUUAGUGAAAAAGUGAGAGUUAUUUAAUUUACUUGUUUAAGAUUAGAGUUUCUUUAUCCAAUAGUAAAUGAACCCUUAAAAGUAAUUGUAUGUGAGAAACAUACUUUCAUAGCUAAACCUCAAGAUUAAAGAUAUGCAAUAGUUAAUUAAGUACAAGAUAACAAAUUAUAAGACAUAAGCUAUUGAAGUCUUUAAUCAUAAAAUCAAAAUUGAAAUAUAAAAUUUAGGAAUGUCAUAGUUAGACCUAAACACUUAUUAAGCAUUUUCAUUAGAAAAAGUUCCAAUUUAUGAUAAGAAAAAUCAAAAACAAUUGAUUGGAUUUCUAUGCUUUAAGAUUGAUGAAACAUCAAAAAAAAGCACUCCAAAUGCAAGUAUUUAAAAUUCAAGAGAAUAAUCAUUAAGUACCUCAAUAUUUGAAAAUAGAUUUUGGUUCAAAUUUAUUUACGAUUGCAUUUAGUGAUUAAACCUAAUACUAAAAUCCAAAGCCAUAAAACUAAGUUUAAAAAUGCUCUCAUGAAGAUAUAAAAAAAAAUAUUGAUUAAAUUGCUCAGAUUUAUGAAGAAAUGAGCAGAGAAUAAAAUUAAUUAUUAUAAUAAGAUUUAAAAUUAAAAAAAUUAGAUAAUGAAAUCAAAGAUUUAAAUUAGUAACUAAAGUCUUUGCAUGAUUAAGAGCAUCAUUUAGAUAUAUAAUUUAAAAAAUUGUAAACAUAAUCUCCUUAGUUAUAAAUGUUAAUUAACUAAAAAAUAUAACAAUAAUAUUCAAUUCUUACAUUUAAGAGAAAAUAAGAAAACCCAAUUUAAAAAUAAUCACCCUAAUAAAUAAUUCGAACAGAAUAAAAUAGUUAGAGAUAAAAGAAAACUAAUGUUCUUCCAUAAUAAGUAACAAUUAGUUUAAUUGAAUAAGACAAGUUCAUUAAGAAAUAAAAUAAAGAACCAGAAAUUCCAGUUAAUAUGUCAAUACCUUUUUCUUUUAAUGAAUAUUUUAGUUUAUUCAAAAAUUGA